AGUAAGGCCUUGGUGUUGCGCGUUCUGAAACCUGGAAAAGUCUUCAGGGGUUCUCCACUAGCACAGCCGUGGCUCGAUGUGGUUCGUUCACUCAAGUCAAGUCGGCGACUUGAGUAUUCUCAUUGUCUUGACAGUUGUAUUACAAAGAAUGAAAAUGACACAAGCUGAUGGUCCAACUGAGCUCUCUUACGCCUCACGAAGUACAUACUCGACAGAUUGUAUCAGUAAAAGAUACUUGGCAAUCAGACCAUGUGUUUGUCAAAAGCUUCUGGAAGCAGGGUUCUGCUGAUUUCUUCGCCCUCCGUUCCAAACUUGGCGAAGAUUGGCCGUCGUGCGCAUGUCAAUAUCUGCGGUUUCACUCAUAUGCAGGC